AUUCGUGUGUUAUUGUUUCAAUAGUGUAAAUAGUGAAUUCCAGAUGGGCAGAUCGUUCACACGUAGCUGUGGAAUUUUUUGUGGCGUAAUGUUCAAGAACGCAAAAUUGUUGCUGGCAAAUAGGCAACUUAUCGGUUGCACCUACACACAAUUGAGCACAGCUGCCGGCAGAAACGUGAACUGUCCUCAACGAGACUUCUUCACUUUUAGUGAUCUUACAAACAAGAAUCGGGAAUAUGCCAAAAAGGAGUUAAUUGGAUACUCGAUGCAAGAAAUGUAUGAUGUGGUCGCCGACGUAUCGAACUAUUAUAAGUUUGUGCCAUACGUGAAGAAAUCACUCGUACACAGUAAGCGUAAUGACGGCUUCAAGGCUGACUUAAUUGUCGGUUUCCCACCGCUGAAUGAAAGUUAUACAUCAAAUGUUUCGCUUCAAAAUCCUGUGCUGGUAAAAUCUGUAUGCACAGAUGGAAGAUUAUUCAACUAUUUGCGUAACAAUUGGCGAUUUAGUCCCGGUCUGAAGGAUAUUCCACAAUCUUGUGUUGUGGAUUUCAAAGUAGCUUUCGAAUUCAAAUCGCUGAUACACAGCAAUAUUGCAAAUAUUUUUUUCGAUUUAAUUUGCGAUCAAAUGGACCAUGCUUUUGUGGCGGAAGCUGAACGACGAUAUGGACCACCUUCAAUUAAAUCGCUUAUAUUAUGGCGAAGAUCUUGACCAAGACGCAAUGAACAAGUUAAACAUAAAUAAC